GGAAUUCCCUCUCUCUCCUAGCACGUGGACAUGGAAAACUCCUAUCUCUGCGGAUACUUGAAGAUUAAAGGCCUUACGGAGGAGUACCCGACCCUCACCACUUUCUUUGAAGGCGAAAUAAUCAGUAAAAAGCACCCUUUCCUAACACGCAAGUGGGAUGCCGAUGAAGAUGUGGAUCGUAAACACUGGGGAAAGUUCCAGGCUUUUUACCAGUAUGCAAAAACAUUUAACUCUGAUGACUUUGAUUAUGAGGAUCUGAAAAAUGGUGACUAUGUCUUCAUGAGAUGGAAGUCUGUGUUUUGUGUGCAGGAACAGUUCCUAGUUCCAGAUCACACUAUCAAAGACAUCAGUGGUGCUUCCUUUGCUGGUUUCUAUUACAUCUGUUUCCAGAAGUCAGCAGCAUCUAUAGAGGGCUAUUACUACCAUAGGAGUUCAGAAUGGUAUCAGUCAUUGAAUUUAACUCACGUUCCUGAGCACAGUGCUCCUAUCUAUGAAUUCCGAUGACAGCUGUCCAGAACUGACGCCGCACGGAAGCAAACCGGGCAGGAGGGCACGGCCCGCCGGGAGAACUGUGUCCCUGUGGGAGCACGGGAAUGCUUCUCUCCUGCCCUCGGACUCGCCAGAGAGAGCCUGGACGUUAACCCAUCCAGCCCAAGGAGCGGGGCUGCUGGAGCUUGAUCCUCCCUCCUGUCGAGUGGCGAUUUGAUCUUUAAUCUGGUUUUAAGCUACCUUUAAAUGCACUUUCUUAUUGCACAGCUAGUUUCUCUAUCACUGAAAUUCUUCCCAGCCCUCCUCUGGAAGCUGUUUCUCAGUAGCUGGAAUCAGUGGUCUUUCCUCUGAGUAAUGAGAAAAUAUAAGUUUGGAGCUUAUAUUUUCAUGGUGACAGCUUGAGAGGGCUUGAAAUUGCCAGGACUGAGGUUUGUUGGCCCGAUUGCCAGCUCUGCUGCUCCGGAGCCAGGCGCAGGCCCGUGUGGCUGRGACUCUGCUCAGCAGAGAGCCGCUCGGCCGCAGCGUUGGCUGAGCCAGGCGAGGCCUGGAUGAAUCUCCCGGAUGAAUCUCCUGGCUAACGGGGUUAGCCAGAGCCGCAGCUCUUUGGGGAACGCUGGCCCUUCGGAGCUGGGAGCUGUUCCGGUGUCUUGACAUGCCAUUGGGAAUUAAUUUGAUAUAUGGACUUCCAGGCUCUCAGUAAAGUGGAUAUGAGCUCUGCUUAUAGAUGUAUAUUUGCUCUUUACUUAAGUUAAGGGUAAAAACGAAACAAAAAAGAAAAAACAACAAAAAAAMCUUUUAUUAAAAAAAAAUAUUUUUAUGGUUCCUUUUCCCAAGGACCCUAUGGCAAAUGCACAAUUAUUUGAUUACAUUUCCCUUUUUUCACAUUGAAAACAGGGAAUGUCUGCAUUAGUUUUUAUAUAUGUGUAUGUAAUCAGCUAGCGCUUUGGGAAGGUAAUCGGAGUGCAAGUGUUGAGCAGCACUGAGGACAGUUCUAGAUCUGCUCAGCAUUUGCACUUGCCCUUCAUGCUACACCAACACCACUGCUUGAUACCUUUUUAUAAGGCAGAAAAGAGAAAAAAAAAAAAAAAAAAACAACAAAAAAAGUAGCUCUCCUCUGACUUUGAAAUGUUUCAAGUAAUAUAACUUAAGGCUUGUGUGCCAAAGUGUGUGAGUGUGUGUAUGCGCGUGCAGAUUUUUUAAAAGUCAUUUUAAAAGUUGGCCUCAGUUGUAUGUUUAAUGUGACAGUCGCACCUGCAGGGCUUCUGUGAGAGUUUAGUUUGCAUUUUUCUC